UGUCUAAAAGGUCAAAUUGGAUUUUGUGGCGGAAUCUUUUCGCCUUAAUCGCCAGAAAUCAUGAGCACCAUGAGCUGCCUCCAAGUUCUCUGCUCGGAACUUGAAAUUCCAUCGUCAUCGCUUAAGCUAUGUAAUCGCCUAGGAUCCGGGUCUCACGGUCAAACCUUCGUCGUGCAGUACAAUGGCCAGCUAUACUGUGCUAAAAUCUACAAAGAAAUAUUAAAUAUGGCUCAGGAAGUCAAGAUGCUGAAAGCCACAGAAAGCUGUUCGUACAGUCCCAAUCUGAUUGGAAUCUGCUCAAGUCUCAUGCUCGUAGUCAUGGAUUUGGCUCCUGGACAAACCCUGCAGUCUCUUCUUAGGUCCCGCCCAUGUAAGCUCUACAUUCACAGGGUAAUGCUCGCCUUAUGUCAGGCAAUUGAGAGCCUGCAUGCGUGUCAAGUGAUCCACAACGAUCUCAAGUUCGACAACAUCAUGGUUUCGGAAGACAACUGGGAUCCACGUAUUACGUUGAUUGAUUUCGGCUUUGCGACGUUCAGACACAACUCUCCGUACGCUCACAUCUCGCCCGAAGUCAUGGCGAGCUACCGGCACGUGAGCCCAAAACUGGCGUCUGGAGGCAAGUGCGAUUACAACACGGAUAACUAUUCCUUCGGAGUCCUGCUGCGCGCCGUCUCAUCCGACACCAAGUGCCCGCUUUUUUCCGUGCUUGCCGACAUUCUUACAAAGAAGAAAGGGGUCAUGUAUAGCCUAGUGAAACUGCAUGCGUACAUGAAAGAAAACAACUGCGACAGUUGCAGGGAGUCGUGCUGGUGCGCACAGUGCAUCUCUGGAGGCGUGAUGUGUUAAAAGAGUUUCGAGACAAAAUAUUAUGGUGUAGAGACGCCAAUUGUGCCAGUUCAUCGGGGCAUUUAAUCCAACAUGUAACGCACGAAAUUUCUCAAGCUGAAAGAAAAAUUGAAAAUGAAAAAAGACAGGGAUAAUGAGGCAUUCUGAAAAUUCUUCGCGUCAUUGGAAGUCCCCGGCAGUUUUGUGUAUCACUUCGGCUUAAAAUCUUAUCCUUUGUCAUUUAAAUUGAUUUAAAAUCACCAAAUUUCACUAGGCGUGUUGCCACGCUAAUAUCCAGCUCUCAGUUUGACAUCGUUGAAGGAAUAUCGCUUGGCAAGUUCAUCAACGUUAUUCAAGGCCUCGAAGGGAAUAAUGAAUUGAUAAGAAUUUAAGAUAGUUUUACAUACGCUUCGAAUGUUAUGGUCAACUUAGUAAAAUCAAGUUAAAGGACUUAUGGAGAGAAAAAGCCUGGCAUCAUGAUUUUAAUAAUUUACAGGACGUGAACCGUUUGAAGUUCAUUUACAUGUCGUUGAAAAUAUUUACUGUUGAAUACGUCCAAGCCUUAAAAUUGGAUCUUAUGGAUAUAGUGAUAAAACAUUCAGUUUAAUAUUUUGAUUCUGUAAUUAUGUUAGAUAUCAGCAUAUAAACAAUAUUGAUAUUGAAGUUCAUUAUGCGGUGCACAAAUUUAUAAUUUCUAGCAUUUGUCUCCCAGAAACGAUUUAACAAGAUGCAAUUAUUUUGGGCCUGUAAAAGUGUAUCACCCACUUUACGUUGAAUUAACGUCAUUAUUACGAUGAAUUAACGUUAUUAAUUCAUAUGGUAGAUUCAAUCGCAUUUGUGCAAAUUUUUAUACAAGGAAUGGGACAUUUUGCCAUCGACGGAACUUUUUUUUAAUUGAUUUUGCUGAUAUAUAAAUCAUUUAAAGGCUUUUGCUAUGCAGUAUAUUCUAUUAAG